CCACACACACACAAUUAAUAAUCUAAAUUAUAAAAAUUGAAUUCACCUUCUUCACCUUCUUCACCUUCUUCACCUUCACCCAUGUCGACUUCUUCCGGAUUCUCUCAGAUUUCUUCUCAUAGAUCCAUCUCCAACUCCCCUGAUAACCUCGCCUUUCUUCCCCUACAUCCCAUGCUCCUUUCUCCCACCGAUUUGAAUCUCGGUUUCUCCCCUAAUCUCCGCCGAACUAACGGGUCGGUGCCGGAGUUCUUUAACUCGCCGGAAAAAAUGGCGGAUCGGAAGUCUUUGGAUUUGUUCCCUCAAGAGGCAGGAUUUGGUAACUCAAACGACGUCGAUUCAAGGGUUUAUAAAUCGGUGACGGCGGCGCCUCAAACUUCCCAAAUGACGAUUUUUUACGCUGGCCAAGUUUUUGUGUUCAACAAUAUUCCGGCUGAUAGAGUCGGCGACGUUAUGUUUCUAGCCAGUCAAGAAAGCUCGAGAUUGAACAUCCCUACCGUCGCUGCCCGUCAGCCGCCCAUCUUGGUCGGCACUCCCGCCGAUUCUUUAAGUUCCACUUCCCCUGUUCCCACUCGCAACCAAACUUCUCCUCCGCCGCCUCCUCCUCCUUCCGUUCCCGGUGCUCUCCCGAUGGCUCGUAAAGCUUCGAUUCAGCGUUUCUUGGAGAAGAGAAAAGACAGACUAACUCCGAGAACGCCUUACCAGAGCAGCUCUCCGGUGACAAGCAAGAAGACCGGCGAGAAUUCAUGGCUGGGAUUGGCGGUGCAGUCUCAAAAAUAGUAUUAAGAAAUAUGAAAUUUGAAGUAGAGAGAAAGAAACUUAGAUUAAAGAAUAAAGGGAGUUUGUUGUUGCCAUUUUUGCAUAAGCCUCUGUUUUUGUGAAAAGCUCUGUUUUUCGGAGGCUAUGGAUUUCCUUUUCUUCUUAACCUUAUCGAUUCCUUUGGUCGAUAAUAUCUUUGUAAAAUUAAUAUAUAUUUCUUUACUUUCUAUUCUUUAAUAUUUACUAAUGUUUCUAUUUUGGUCUCAUCAA